CUUUGCUUCUUCCGCAGAGAAAUUCUUCCUCCCUCGGUGUUUUGAAGUUUCCAAGUUUCAACUUCCAACUACCAGUUUAAGAGGUAAUUUUAAUAUAUUAUUAAAAUAAGUAUUUACCACUAAAUUUAUUGUUUGUUUCUAUGUAGUUUAUUUACAGCAAAUUUGAUUUUUUUUUCUUCAUCAUACCGCAUGAUGAUGUGGACAUCGAAUGUUGUCUUUGAACAAUAAAUUUUAACUAUACAGAUACGAUGGAAGGAUCGACAUCCACGCAAACACCAAAACGAGAUGUUUUUCAUGCAUAUUGCACUGUAAUGCCUGAUGGUAAAAAUUGAAGUGUAAUUUUUGUGAAAAGGAAAUAUCUUCUGGUAUUUCACGCAUAAAAUUGCAUUUAGCACAACAAAGAGGUACAUUUCCCCCGUGCAUGCAUGUGCCGCCUGAAGUGAAAAAUCUUGUUAAAGUUGCACUGGAAGAAAAGAGAAAAGCAAAAAGGCAAAGAAGAGCAGAAUCUGAUAACGAAGAUUCAUAAAAAGUGUAUCAUAAUGAUACAUAGAACCCUGUGUGUGGUAUAGAUGAAGAAGAACCAGAUUUUCAUGCAGAAGAAGAACAAGUACCAGUCACACAAGAUAAAAAGACUAGGUUUUUAAAAAACCUUUUUGGACGAAAAAAUAAGAAUAUUCAUGAUGGAGAGGGUACAUCGCACGGUCCUCGGGCCUCUAUAGAAAUACCUAAGUCUACUAUGCGGCCAUCAAAACCACCAAGGAUGUCGGUGGAUAUGGGAGGACGAUAAAACCCUUCUGGGGAUUCUCAACCUUCGAUGGAAAAAUUUGGCAAAAGCAAAAUAUGUCGGGAAAAAGUAGAUUAUUCUGUUGGACGUUUUUUCUAUGUCAAUGAUAUUCUCUUCAAUGUGACUAACUCAUCUCAGUACCACGAGGCAUUCAAUGCAGUUGCAAAUUUCGUCCAAUCCUAUAGAGUUCCAUCAGCUUAUAAGUUGUCGAAUCCCAUAUUAACUUCAGAACAACAAAGGAUUGAAAAAGAUAUGGUGUCUGUCCAACGACAUUACUGGAGAGAAUAUGGUUGUACACUCAUGUCUGAUGGUUGGAAAAGCAAAAACAACCGUACGACUGUAAACUUUUUAGUUUACAGUGGUAGUGGAAUUACGUUUUUGAAAAGUGUCGAUAUAGAACAUAAUCGGUUGACAACAAAGUAUUUACUUACUUUGUUCAAGGACGUUAUUGAUGAUGUCGGUUCGAGAAAUAUUGUUCAAUUAGUAACAGAUCAAGGAUCUCAAUUCAAAGUUGCAGGUAAGAGAUUGGCAUCAGAAUAUGACACAUUUUUCUGGGUUCCUUGUGCUGCUCACGUAUUGGAUUUGAUGUUGGAAGAUAUAGAAUCCCUUUGUUAAAGAUGUGAUCGGAGAAGCAAGAAAAAUUAGCAAAUUUAUUUACAAUCAUGGUUGCGCUCUUGCUAGAUUUCGAAAACAUUCAAUAGGACGUAAUCUAUUGCGCCCUCGCUUAACAAGGUUUUCAACGAAUUUUAAUCAAAAGCAUCAUUGAUCAACGUAAUGCUAUCGAGAGUCUAUUUAUGGACAAGGAAUUUUGAAAUCGGAUGAGGCAAAAACUAA